AUGGUCACCUUAGGUAAUUUCAUUAAAAUAAAAAUGUGGUUGAUAGCCUCAUUGAAUUUAAGUCAGUUGAAGGCCGGGGGGCCGGGGGGCUGGGGGCCGAGGAGCCUCGCGAGGGAGGCUCCGCGGACGGCCGUGGGCGGAAGUGCAGCCGCGCCCGGAAGUGCAGCCGCCAUCCCCCCGUCCGUUUCCGGCCACGUGACCCCUAAGCCCGGCUCUUCAGGACUCCUUCCGGGAGGGAAGUGUGAAAACGCGGCACGUCGGUCACGGUCCUCACGCCGCCUCCGCGCGCCUUUCUCCGACCCUGUGCCCCGGCCGCGGCGCCCUCACGACUCCUGCCCCGACGCGAGCCGGAGCCGCAGCGCCACUCACCGUGUCUCCUACAGGACAGGCCCGUCCUCGUGGCCCUGGAGAGGGGGUGCGCCCUGCCCUCCCCGCCCCCUCAUCACCUUCAGGAUGAUCGGUCUCCGAGCCUCACGUGGAGCCUGCCGGGAAGCCCUGCCGCCCGGGGAGAUGCUGCGGUUCUUCGGAUGCCGCCCGCGUCAGCCCGGGGCCCAGGACCGCGAAGCCUGGCUCUGCAGACACCUGCACCUGCUUCAGGUCCCCUCGCAUUUGUGUUCACGCAGAAGCCCGAGUCCCGGAGCUUCCCCUCCUCCUGCAGCCCUAGCCUGUGCUUCUGGAAAUUAUCAGGAUUCGGGGCCGGCUUCCGAAAGGGUGGCAGCAGGUGCUCCCACACGGAAACCAGCGAGGCGGCGGGGAGAGUGUUGUGCCCAAGAUCGCGAAUCCGAGAAACCUCCGAGGAGACGACACCGAUGCAAACACACGAGGGUUUAUUCACAAGCUCGAGCUUGGCUCCAAGUGCACCCGACACAGCGGAGCAGGGACUUGGACCCUGAGACUAAGAGGCGGAGCAGCUUUGUAGGGGCCCGUGGCCCAUGGGAUUGUAACAUACGCAGAAAGUUGCACAGUCAUGUGGGUCCACACGCAGGUGGCCGAUUGAAUUACAUUUUACUCCUAUAGUAUCCACUUGAACUGAAUUGGCCUAUCACUCUGGUUGGAAUUGGCGCACAGUUUUGGCGGCCACGAGGUGGGGUUACAUGGUUAUGAGCCAGUUUCCGAUUAGGGUGUGCCCAGCGGCUUGACUAGGGUGGGGCAAUAAGCAGGUCAUGUGGGGGUGAUACAGGAGGUGGCGGGUGCAGCACACAAUGGAGUUAGCCCUGCUCUGCUUGUGCAGGGGUAGGGGAUUUUUGUUAAAUUUCCUGGGUCCUACAGAGAGGUGUCCUGCCCAGCGGAAGAGGAGGAACGGGAGGGCAGCACCGAGGCGACCCUCCUCCCCUGCCGUAGGGAUGUUCGUCUGUGGGAUGACGGGAGUUGUUUCUGUGUGUGUGUGCAGGGGUGGGGGUGGGGGGUUAGGUCUUCCCUUACCCCUUCCCUUUUCCCUUCCCUUCCCUUCCCUUCCCUUCCCUUCCCUUCCCUUCCCUUCCCUUCCCUUCCCCCCCACACUCCUCCUUUCCCGCUGGACACUGAUCCAGCUUGGGCAUCAGAAGAAGGGACCAGUCUGAAGCUCUCAAUUUGGAAAUCAAUGAUGUAUAGGUAAUAUAUGAAUUUUAUGAGAUUGAGUGAAAUCACCCAGAAAUGAAUAUAGAUAAAAAAAAAAAAUCCAAGAACAAUAGUCUAGAUUUUUUUGUUUUUGUUUGUUUUUUUAAGUUCGUGCUGGCAGGAUUUGCUUUCACUUUGGAUGUGUACCAUGUUAGGAUUCAAAAAUGACUCCCAAUUUUUAAAAAACGAAAAGUGAAAAUAUAAAGGGAGCUAUCUGGAACACUUCAACAUUGGAAAUGGUGUGGAACUAGCAAAGUUGACUAAUAAAGUAUAGCUAAGAUUGGUGGGACAGCUGCGGUGUCUUGGAACACAAGUGAGGAAAAGCGUUUCUAGGAGUGUGCAGUGAUCACUUGUUACAAAUGUGGCUACACUAAUAUUAAGAUUGAUAAAUGAUAAUUGGAUUUCACAGAAUGGAGGUCCUGCUGGAGAACAGUAAGAAUGUCAGCCAAGUGCAAAAGGAUGAGGGCAGUUGCAUUGAAAAUGAGGAAUAAACUGGAGGCAGUUAUAGGCAAUAAUUUAAAAAAAAUUUGCUGUAAAUCAAAUGAAAAAUAUUAAGUGGUAGUUACUGGAGGGAGUAUGGUUACAAUGCUGUUUUUCUGAGAAAACAUCAGUAUAUAUUCAUGUUUAUUUCAUUAUCUGGCAGAAAAAGAAAUUUGAUGAUCCAUGAAUUACUUGAGAGGUGGGGGUGAUUGCUGGAUCCAUGCUAUGAAUUAGCUAGAAAGGAUGAUGGGCUUUAGUGGACAGUAAGAGAAGUCAAGCCUUUGCUAAAAGUGAUGGAAAUGUCAUCUAUAUUAACUGGAAAGAAAGUAAAAUGUAGUUGGCAAGGCAUAAAUAAGGGGGUAGACGUCCUGGGAGCCUGUAGAAUUUCACUAUCUUUUCUCUCAAUGAAUCAGAAAACAAGGACACCAGCGGCAAGCAAGUUUGAAGAGGUUUGAGGAGAAAGUGAAAUGGUUCAGGAGAAUGAGAGUAGGAAUGGACCAAGGAAAUAGCUUAUCAUUCCUCUUCAAUAAUGGGGACCCACUUGAGGUGUCUUCCUUGAACUGAAACAGAAUACGCAGCAUGGCUGUGU